CAACCGUCUAACCAUGAAGAUCGUACCCCUCAGACCUUGCAGCACCCAAAUCACAAGUCUAUGAAAAUGAAAUCAUGAGUACAGUGAUAAUAAAAAACACAAGACUGUGCCCACAUCAAGAUGAUAACCCACAAACGUACGCACGGGGCAGUUUUGAUGGAACAUUCUCUGACCUGUGACUAUAAAACCUGGCCUCACACACUGACCGUCACACUCAUCUCCCAACCGUCUCACCAUGAAAACCAUCAUUGCCCUCUCCGUGUUGGCUGUGGCUGUGGCAGAACAGCUGCCUCUCGUCAACCCGCCCGUUGCCAUCGUGCGAAGCAGCCAGGUGAACCCCGACCAGUUCGGCGCCCACAGCUCCGACUUCGAGGCUGCCAAUGGAAUCGUGUUCCAGUUCUCGGGUUCUGAGGGCGUUGCUGGCGGUUCUAACAUGGUUGGCUCUUGGAGUUAUCCUCAGGAAGAUGGUACCGUAGCCUCUGUCAAGUUCGUGGCCAACGAGAACGGCUUCCAGCCCGAGUCCUCCCUCCUGCCCGUGGCCCCCGCCUUCCCCCACCCCAUCCCCCAGUUCGUCCUCGACCAGAUCGAGUUCGCCCGCCUCGAGGACGAGCGCAAGGCUCGCGAAGGAACAAAGGGCCGAAGCGUAGUCAUUUAGUUUCCGAACGAAUUCUUGUUAAACUUUGACCUUUGAGCGAUUUUGUAUUUAAAUAAAUAGAUGUUAUAAAGAAAACAUUUGUAUUUCCUACAAGUAAGACGAAAGAAUUACCCAUAAGACAGGUGAGA